CACGCGCGCACUGUUUCCGAACGAGCGCCGCACCUCGAGGCAAGAUUCAUUCAUUCUCGGGAUUCAUUCGCAGUUGGCCGCUGUCAGCAGCACAGGUAGGAGCUCCUCCUCGCUUGGACAACCCAGCGGAAAAGCGGUUUCGAAGCUAUCCGUUAGGGGUGCCCAGGUUUCUCCUGUGUCUCCGCGAACGCUACGUGCGUUUUCCGAGCAGCCAUGGCGUCCGUUCUGCAGACCAUUGAUACUGCUCACGAAGACAUGAUCCAUGAUGCUCAGAUGGACUACUACGGCAGCCGGCUAGCUACGUGCUCAUCGGAUAAGUCCGUCAAGGUGUUCGACAUUCGCAAUGGAACGCAAAAACUGGUUGCAGACCUGAAGGGGCAUGAGGGACCCGUGUGGCAGAUCGCUUGGGCCCAUCCCAUGUUCGGCACAGUUUUGGCCUCUUGUUCUUACGACCGCAAAGUAAUCCUCUGGCAGGAAACCGAAGGCACUUGGGCCAAGUUGAGAGAAUUUAACAACCACGAUUCCUCCGUGAACUCCAUCUGCUGGGCCCCUCACGAGUUUGGCCUGAUGCUGGCGUGUGCCAGCUCUGACGGUUCGGUCUCCGUUAUCAGCUCUUCCGGUGACGGCGAAUGGGAAAGCUACAAGAUAAACAAUGCCCAUACUAUUGGCUGCAAUGCAGUCAGCUGGGCUCCAUCCUCUAGUCCUGAAGCAGCACCCAUGGAAGACUCGGCACAUGUGAAGUCUCCUUCUCCCGUUAAGCGCUUUGUCACCGGAGGGUGUGACAGCCUCGUAAAAGUCUGGAAGUUUGUGGAGGUCGAUAACAAGUGGACUGAAGAGCAGAAGCUGGAGGCCCACAGGGACUGGGUGCGGGAUGUCGCUUGGGCACCUUCCCCUGGCCUCUCGAAGAGCAUCAUAGCUUCCUGCUCGCAAGACAAGCGUGUAAUCAUCUGGACGAGCGACGACUGCGCCACCUGGUCUCAUCAGGUGUUGGCCACCUUCGAUGAUGUCAUCUGGCACGUAUCCUGGUCCGUGACUGGCAACAUCCUGGCCAUUUCUGGUGGAAACAAUAAGGUAACCUUGUGGAGAGAGACCCUUGGUGGGAAAUGGAUGUGCAUCAGUGACAGCUCCAAGAAGGAAACCAAUGAAUUGGUUGUGCAGUCUGCAUGAGCCUACUAUCUGGACCCCUGUACAGAACUUCAGAAAUAAACCAAAAUUGUUCAGAUA